GAGGGAAGGUACAAUGGCUGCGGUGCAGAAGUCGCAGCUGACAACCUGCGGAGAUCCUUCAGAAUCUGUACAGGGGCUAGAUGAAUCCCUUUUAAAAAGAGAGUCAGCUGAAGAAGAUGGCAGUAGUGACAGACACAGCCUGGUUCUCAGGGACAGCGAGGUGUUUACAUCUGAUCAUUCUAAACCUACUGUCCUGCAUCAGUUAAUGGCUACGAUAGUGGUGGGGCUCGCACAAGUGGACGCUGGAGCAGCAAUUGGAUAUGCCGCAGUAACACUGCCACAGUUGACGGAUCAAUCCUCGGACGAUCUCCACUUCAACACCUUAGAGUCAGCUCUUUUCGGCAGCCUGAUGUUUGUGGGUGCCUUGCUGGGGUCAUUGACUGUCAGUGUACCGAUGGUGAGGUUGGGCCAGAGAGUGACACUCUUGUUAUCUCUUCCCAUAUCCCUCGCCAGCUGGAUUAUCUUGGCUACAGCACCCACAAACUGGGUCGUCCUGCUAGUUCGCUUCUUCCAAGGCAUCACGAUGAGCUCCAUAUUUAAUUCCUCCUCGACUUACGUGGCAGAGCUUUCACACAGUACAAUAAGAGGGCGACUAAUGUCGACUCUUGAUCUCUCGCGUCAGAUGGGCAUUCUUGUGGCAUAUGCUCUGGGCAGUUCAAACCUGACUUGGCGGAAAGUAGCAUUAACAUGUGGUUUUGUCAAACACUGUAAUUCCUUUUGUUUGUCUGCUUAUUUUACCUAACUCCCCUCGCUGGCUGGCCACACAAGGCUACACUGACAGAGCUCACA